GACCGAUACAAGAAUGCCCAACUUCUCCUGUGUCCUGUACGCGCUGAAGGUGACCCACCAGGUGCAGGUUCGCGGGGAGAUGGUGCACUUCCAGAAGAAGCAGCAGCGGGUGGUGGUGGCAGACCAGUACUGGAGACCCAGAAUGAACGCAGGGCCAUUGGUGUCCACAUCUGCCUCGGGGAACCAGCCCAGCUCUGGUCCUCAAGUGCCCCUGAGCCGUGCCAAGAAGUGGGCCAAGUUCAUCCGCGGGAAGCACGGGGUAGAGAUCGUCUCGGAACAUGACCAGGGCAAUGGGCACAUCCGCUUCCCGGUGGUGCCUGGUGAGCCCCGGAUGGUCACCGUGGUGGUGCAGAACCAGGGGGCAGAGGCUGUGACGCUGUGGCGGUGCCGGCCACGCCAGCCCUCGCGGGAGCUCUCCUUCACUGAUGAGCAAGGGGUGACUCGGGGGAAGUCACUGCUGCUGCACCCAGGUGGCAGGUACCCCAUCCAGGUGCGGUGCCUGGCCUCCUGCAAUGGGUACUUCCACGUCGUGGUGGACUUUGAGUUCACCAAGGACCCGGAUGAGUCCUUCAGCAUCGGGCGCUGCAUUGCUGCUGUCGCUGAGAGCCAGAUGGCCAAGGACCUGGGGCCCUCGGCACCGUUCCAGCCUUACCAGGCCAGCCUCCAGCGCCCUGUCACUGUUGUCACCGAGGAUGGCAUCCCCCCUGAUGGCUUCCUGAAAAACAAACUGGAGGUGGAAAUCCCGCUGCGCACCUACCAGUACCCGAGGAGCCUCAAGGACACAAUCCUGCUCGGACCCAGCACCAGCGCUGGCUCCAGUUGGGCUGCCAUGCAGUGAGUGCUGAGGGAUGGGGACAACGCUGCCCGUCCCUGUCCCUGCCGCUCCUUGGCCGAGGUGUCCCCAGGGCACGGUGACAUCCGGCGCUACGACAUGCAGGACGUGCCCAUGGUGCAGGACAGGGGGCUGCUGGUCCUUGACGUCCCUGGUGUGGCUGAGAACCGCCCGUCGGUGCUGAAGGGGGAUCACCUCUUUGCCAACCUGAGCAGUGAGAGGGACCAGUCCCCACUCGUCCAGUACAAGGGCUAUGUGCAUGGUGUGGAGCUGGAGAAGGUCAGGCUGGGCUUCUCCUCCAAGUGAGUGGUGUCGGGGCUCUCAGGGCCCUGCUUGGACGUGCCGAAGGCCUGGGGAGAGCCCAGGGAGCAUCCCUGUGCGCUGCUCACACGGCUCCUUCCCAGACUGCAGAAGAAGUGGUUUGACCGCAAGCUGCAGGCAAAUGAGGAGCAGUGCAGAGCUGUGACACACAUCAUGACAGGGAUGUCCCGGCCAGCCCCGUACCUCGUCUUCGGCCCCCCUGGCACUGGCAAGACAGUGACUCUGGUGGAGGCCAUCAAGCAGGUAUGGACGUGCUUCAAGGAUGCCCGGAUCUUGGCGUGCGCCCCAUCCAACAGCGCUGCAGACCUGCUGUGCCAGCGCCUCAUCAAGGACAUUGCCCCCCGGCACAUCUACAGGCUCAUCGCCAGCUCCAGGAACUACCAGGAGGUGCCUGCUGAGAUCAGGCCCUGCUGCAACUGGGACGAUAAGCAGAGCUGCUAUGUGUACCCGAGCAAGGAGCACCUGGGGCACUACCGGAUCCUCAUCACCACGCUGGUGACAGCAGGAAGGCUGGUGUCGGCCAACUUCCCCCCAGGGUAUUUCUCCCAUGUCUUCAUCGACGAGUGUGGCCAGGCAGUAGAGCCAGAGAGCGUGGUCGCCAUUGCAGGGCUCCUGACUGCCAUGGACCAGGAAACCAACCCCAACGGGGGGCAGCUGGUGCUGGCAGGAGACCCCCAGCAGCUGGGCCCUGUUCUGACGUCUCCACUGGCCAUCAAGCAUGGCUUGGGCACCUCGCUGUUGGAGAGGCUGAUGCUGCACAACCUCCUGUACAAGAAGUCAAGUGGAGGAUACGACCCGCAGUUUGUCACCAAACUGCUCUGGAACUACAGGUCCCACGAGGCCAUCCUGAGGAUCCCCAACGAACUCUUCUACGACAGCGAGUUGAAGGCCUGCGAGAGCGACGAGCUUGAUGUCCGGAGCCUGUACUGUAACUGGGAGGAGCUUCCCAAGAAAGGCUUCCCCAUCAUCUUCCAUGGGGUUUGUGGGGAAGACCAGAGAGAGGCCAAGAGCCCCUCGUUCUUCAACACGGCUGAGAUCGAGGUGCUGGUCCGUUACCUGAAGAAGCUGCUGCAGAGCCGGGGCAAGGGGGGCUGCCCCAGUGUGUCCCCCAAGGAGGUCGGCAUCAUCUCCCCCUACAGGAAGCAGGUGGAGAAGAUCCGGAAAGCCAUCACCUCCCUGGAUCCUGUCCUGCGGGCGCUGCCGGACAUCAAUCUGCUGAAGGUGGGCUCCGUGGAGGAGUUCCAGGGCCAGGAGCGGCGCAUCAUCCUCAUCUCCACCGUGCGCAGCUGCAGCGAGUACCUCCAGCUCGACCACAACUUCAAGCUGGGCUUCCUCAAGAACCCCAAGAGGUUCAACGUGGCCAUCACCAGGGCCAAAGCUCUGCUGAUCGUGGUGGGUAACCCAGCCGUGCUCAGCAAGGACCAGCACUGGCAGAGGUUCCUCAGGUACUGCAGGGAGGAGGGCGGCUACACAGGGUACCCCUACGAGGAGGAGAGCCAGGCAGCGGACGACCUCACCGCGGACCUCCACGCGCUGCACCUCGGCAACUAG